ACUGAGAUAGGGGGAGAGAGAGGGAUGAGGAGGGGGACUGAGAUGAAGAGAGUGAUAGGACCAGGGGCAACGAGAGAGCGAGGAACAGAGGGAGGGGCAGGGAGAGAGCAAGGAACAGAGCGAGGAACAGGGUCUCCCCAGCCUCUCUACAUGGGACGUAUCUUUGUGGAAACCUAUCCUGUGCGUAUAUGGUGGAAUAAGUACUACGUCCCCUACUCCUUGUACCUUGGCCCCUACCCUCCCUACGCUGGGGGCGGGGGCUACCUCCUCUCCAGAGAUGCCCUCUCUCUUCUCCUCCACGCCUCCACCAGGGUGCCUCUCUUCCCCAUCGACGAUGCCUACGUCGGCAUGGUCGCACAGGCAGCUAACCUAUCAGCCAGAAACCAUCCUGGCUUCAUGCCUGUGGAGUACUCUCCCUCCCGCCACCCCUGUCACUACCUCAACAGUGUCAUGGUCCUCCACAAGCUGCUACCCACAGACCUGCUUCAUCUCUGGAGCUUCCUCCAGACCCAGGUGCACUCCUGUAGGGACUCUGCCCAGGAUGGGCUCACCUUGGCCAGAGCGAACUCCCCUGGUUAGGAUUGGGGGGAAAGCCGAUCCUAGGGCAGGGGGGGUAUCAAAUGUAUUUUGUUCUGCGGGACACAGUUGGUCUUCACUGAGGUUUGCGUUGAGAAUUUGCCCAAAAUAGGUAGUCUGUUUUUGGAAUGUCCAAUGUUACCUGAUGUUCUAGCUCAGGGGUGGGCACCUCGCCCUCCAGGGCCUGAUGGGUGUCAGUUUUGCCCCAGCUAACACACUUGACUCCAAUCACCAAAUGUAUUUUUAUUUAACCUGGCAAGUCAGUUAAGAACAAAUUCUUACUUACAAUGAUGGCCUAGGAACAGUGGGUUAACUGGUCUAGGAAC